AUGGAAAUCACUAAGUUUGUUGUCGAUGGGCGCGACAAGGCGAAGCUCUAUGGAGACUAUGCGACGUACCGAUCACAGCUAUCAAACCGCAUCCACAAUCUCCGUAGAAAAUUAGGUAUUGCAGCAAAGCCGCGGGCGAAACACACAAGCAAUGUCCCGGUGACAAAAGAAGAUGUUGCUCGCAAUCACGAGUUUGUCCAGCUUCUCCUACUCACCGCAGAACGAGCAUGGGCAAAUGCCAUGUCGAUGCGGGAGACGCACUCCACCGAAACGAAAGGGAUAACUGGAUCGACUCGAUCACACAUUAUAUCCCGUCUUCAUAAAGCUACCGUCUAUGCGAAUAAUUUAUUCCAACUUCUAGAGGAUCGGGCGACAACAGGUGCGAGUAAUGGGGAUGUGCUCGAAGCACGUGCAUAUGCCUCUUCCCUCGCUGGGGCUAUGGAAUUCGAGAAGCAAAGCUGGAAAGCCUGUGUGACGAGUUACUCGGAAGCUCGAAUCAUAUAUAGCGCACUCGCUACAGCCACAAAAUCGGACAUAUUUAAAGAUCUACUUUCAGAUCCAGUUGAUGUCAGUAUACGAUAUGGAGCAUAUCAGUUGAGGAUACCACGGACAGUAGCUGCACCGGUUAUAGCUCGGAAAUUUUUCCCUCGCUCGGAUGCCGAGUUGGUCUCUCAAGUCGAGAAAUUGGAUCCUGAAGUACUGAAUGAUCAGCCUACAAAAGCUCGAUCCGAGGCGGCAGAUACAGAAACUGUCCCAAAAUCGAUCACCUGGAGAUCUCGCACAGUUGAUUUAGAAGACGCUGCAAUUGCAACUGCUCUAGCAUCAGUGAACAGUGCGACAAAAAAGUUGUCGGAAGCAUUAGGGUCGGCAAGUGCUGCGCAACCCAAAGAUAAAGCCUCGGCUUAUGAUGAUGUUCUUAUCUCGAGUCAAGACGCUGUCGAUGCGACAAAACAUGCUAUAGACGAAUUAGUGGCGGAAGGUGUUGACCAAGGAGAUAAACGGUUGCAAAGUCUACAAAUUACGCGUACUGCGGUCAGUUAUGAUAUGAUCAGUUGGCGUAUAGGGCGGAACAGGGUCCUUGUUGGGGAGCGGGAUGGGGCGGUAAUAGCCAGUUCUACCACCAGCAAACACAAAACCAACCAGAAGAAAUCAAAUGAGGAGGGAACAGGCCGCAAGCUUGCACAUUUACGGGAGAAAGCUGUGCUUUAUGAGGGCAUACUCCAGAGUCUUGAAUCAAUCAAAGAGCUACCCGGUGUUGCUGCAGACUCAGAAUUUGUAGAGGAAUUGGAAGCAAAAUCUAACUAUUUCUCAGCCCUUAAGUGUUUAACAAUAGCUCGUUCUCACGCGUUGCUAUCAAAUCCCCGAAAUGCGCUUGCUCUCCUCUGCCGUGCCUCGGAAAAAUGUAAUGCGGCGCAUACGCAUCUCUCCUCGUCCAUGGAUACCUCUGACUCGUCACCCCCAAAUAUCUCAAUCUCAUCUUCGGAAGCCCAAUUUCUCAAAGACCUGCUAGACGGCGAAGUCCAGCGCUACAGAGCAUUGGUUGAACUCUCUAACCUCAGCGGCCUGAAUAAAGAAAGCGCCACCAGACAACCACUUGUGGAGCGCCUAGAUGAAUACCCGGCCAAAGGCGAAGUAGAUUUGGCGAAUCUUGUCACCUACCCACCGAAACUGGAGCCAGUUCCAGUGAAACCAUUGUUUUUCGAUGCGGCGUGGAAUUAUAUCGAGUAUCCUGGACGACAGGUCGAACCUGAGGCCCCAAGCAAGGCGAAUGAGCCUGCUCCAGCUAGUAAGGGGGAACAACAAGCUCAACAGAAGAAGGGCUGGUUUGGUUUCGGUAGAUAA